AGAUGGAGUAGCAUAAUAUUUGAGUUCCAAAAGUUAUUAUUUUGGGUGUAGAAAAUUGUUAUAAUAUUUUCUUCAAAAUAUUAUUGACAUAAUAUUUUCUACUAUUUAAUAUACAAGAUUUAUAUUAUCCCUAAAAUAAUCUUUAUAUUAAAUAUACUAUUAUAAUCUUUACUAGCAUAAAAAUUAUAGUAGACUCCGGAGAUUGUUCGUGUGUCAAAGUUGGAGGCCGGACGCUUGAACGGCUACGUUUGCUCCUUCAACACCUUUUGCUCGACUUCUCAUUCAUACCGCUUUACCGGAGAAGGUAUAAGUUUGUAUCUCUAGCUAUAGUUUUAGUACGUGUUCUUGGGCUAGUAAUCACUAUUGGGAGAUUAAAUUUUGUAUUUCCGCUGCCCUCCCUACCGUGGUUACCUUUCACAACCGGCCCAUCAGCGGCCCAAUCGACCAAUACCAUCCAAUUGAACCCAAAUCAAUCCAAUUACACCCAUUUGAACUCAAAUCAACCCAAUUACAUUCAAUUUGUCCCAAUUAGACUCGGGUUGGCCCAAUUAAACUCAUUCAAAUCUAAUUGCACAAGAAGCAACCCAAUUGGAUCUAAAUUGAACCAAUUGGGUUUAAAUUGGACCAAUUGGGUCCAAAAUGGACCUGCCGAAUCUGUCGACUGUACCAGCCAACCACAGGCGAGUCGCUGCAAAAACAGACCCAAAUCGAAACCACAAGCAAUUCAACACCAAAUCAACCAAAAUUCCACAAUCAAUUGCAAGAUUAACACAAACAAGAUCCUUAUCUACGAAUUAACGCUAACCAUAGAUAUUUUGGCAAUGAAUCACCUCGAUGAAGAAAACUCGAAUCGAAGGAAGGGAAACUGCCGCUGCUGUUCCCGUCACUGCUGCUACUCUCGCCGGACUCUAUGCCGCUGCCACGCUCACCGGCGAUGCUCCUCAGGGACGGAGUUCGCCGGUUGGUGAUGCCGUGGAGCCGCUGGACGACGACGACAAACAGGGUAAGGAAAUCUCGGGGACUCUAUGCGAAGGGGAAGGGAGGGGAAACGGCGAUGGCGAUGACGGCGUUCUAGGUGGACUCGACGGCUUGCUGGGGUUGCUGGUUGACGGCGACGAACACAGUCGGUGACGAAUAGGAACCGAUCAAAAGAACCGAACAGAGACCAGCGUAAAAGAAAGAGAUCCAAAGUGUCGUAACCCCCUCCUCCUAUUUAAUACUCGGUAUAAAAUUAAAUAGGUUUUAGGGUCCAAUUUAGGCUUCGCAACUACUUAGGAUAAAUUUAGGCCCAAUUG